AUCGCGUCACUUGUUUCCUGCCUCUUACCCGGCUCACGAGGUUGCCUACGGCGACUGUAGUGCAGAAGGCACUGGCCGUCCCGGGUCCCAGGCUCAGCAUGCGGUGCACCAGCCUACCUACCCUAGUGACCUUUUGCGCCGGGCUUCGGAUCUGGGACCUGGUGCUGACGCAGGGCCUGGAGGCCGGUGUGCAGCCGGGGGCUGACUGUGAAGUAUGUAAAGAAUUCUUAAACCGAUUCUACAACUCCUUGCUAACCAGAGGAAUAGACUUUUCUGUGAACACCAUAGAGAAAGAGUUGAUCAACUUUUGCAUGGAUGCCAAAGGAAAAGAAAACCGCCUGUGCUAUUAUCUGGGAGCCACCAACGACGCAGCCACCAAGAUCCUAGGUGAAGUUACACGUCCCAUGAGUGUGCACAUGCCCGUAGUGAAGAUCUGUGAGAGGCUGAAGAAGAUGGACAGCCAGAUUUGUGAGCUAAAGUAUGAGAAGAAAUUGGACUUGGCAUCGGUGGACCUGGGGAAGAUGAGAGUCGCAGAACUGAAGCAGAUCCUGCACAGCUGGGGGGAAGAGUGCAAGGCCUGUGCAGAAAAAAACGACUACGUCAACCUCAUCAAAGAAUUGGCCCCCAAAUAUGCGGAGAUGCACCCCCAAACGGAGCUCUGACCUCAGCUAUCGGUGCACACGGACUGUAGUUAGAGCGAAACGACGGUCUAAGACAUGGAUGUUGGUUAAGGCUAACCAGGGACUGCCCUGGUGGCAUACUCACUGUUGUACUGCUUAGGCUUGCGAUUAACCGAUUAACUGAUGUUUCCUGCUGGUCACCCACGUUUGCAGAGUCCGGAGACCUCAAAGUGCCUUUCUCCCCCUCCUUUGGAAGGUGCAGUGGUUCUCUUUGCAUGCCUGUGACAUUGGUGUCUGGCAGAAGUGAGUCAGGGGAGGGAUAUUUACUUCGGCUCAUGGUUUCAGCCCAUCAUGCCAGGGUAGCUAAUGGCAGAGCAGCUCAGAGCACGGACACGGGCGCUCGGCAGAGGCGGUUGUCAUUUUGGGGGACUGAGAAGCAGAAAGUGAUGUUCAAAUAAGGAUAAGGCUGUGACCUUCAAAGGUGUAGCCCGACUGAUCUACUUCUGCCAGCUAGACCUCACCUCAGAGCCUCCCCUAAUCACCACUAACCGGGGAACACACAUUAAAAAUGGACCGAUGGGGCACAGCACUGGCUGGUUUUGUGUGUCAACCUGACACAAGCUGGAGUCAUCCGAGAGGAAGGAGCCUCAGUUGAGGAAAUGCCUCCAUGAGAUCCAGCUGCAAGGCAUUUUCCUCAAUGAGUGAUCAAUGGGGGAGGGCCCACCCCUGGGCUGGAGGGCCCACCCCUGGGCUGGUGGUCCUGCGUUCUGUAAGAAGACAGGCUGAGCAAGCCAUGGGAAACAAGCCACGAAGCAGCGUCCAUCUGUGGUCUUGCAUCAGCUCCUGCUUCCAAGGUCCUGCCCUGUUUAAGUCUAUGUUUGGCCUUGUUAUAGUCACCUUCGAGUUGCCAAGUGACCCAAGCUCAGAGUCUUCUUUCACUGUCACAUAUCGGACUGAAGCAUGCUCAGCACAUGAGGCAGCAGAGAUGCUUGUGGUUUCUAAUGCUGUUCUAUCAGGUUUAAGCAGUAAGCAAUAUUUUCAGCUCCGUUUUCCGGCCAUAGAAGAUUAAGAACCCCAUGGUAGAAGUGGGUGCCUUUGUGUCAUAGGUCGGGGUAUGGAUAUUCAAGAAAGCAUUCCCUUGAAAUGUUUUGGGGUGAUGGGAAUGUCCCUUAUCAGGGCAGGUGAUGAGAGAUAUGAUCAUCAUAUUGAUAUAGAGGUAUAAUUAAGAUGUGGAUAUUUUAUCAUACAUUAAUUCUAUCUAAUAAACAGUUGUAAAAAGUUAUUUGAGGAUUACCCAAAAUUAAUUGAUUAAAAACAACUGUUCAUUUCAAUAAUCAAAUGAACUUACUGGUAACCUGUGGAGUAGAGAAGAACUUAUUCAGACGAUAAAUAUACAUUGGCAGAAUAUUGUUCACUUUCAAAUGAUGCAUUUUCAGCUGAGCAAUGGGAUAUGAGUGAGCUUGUACUCCCCAAGGAGAUAUGUAGGUUGUGUAACUGGAAAAAAAAAAAACGAGAAUAAAGGAGUAGUGUAAUGAA